CCGUUGAUGCCGGCACUAUAGUUGUAGAGCUGCACAGCAGGGAACGUGUUCCUCCUCUUCCUAUUAUAUCUGAGCUGUGUACGUCUGUUCCUAGAGAACGAAUACACAUAUUUCCGUAUAACUUUCCGGCUGCUAUCUGUGUCGAAAACAUGCUCCGCUGCCUGGAGUCGUGUCCCCGGCACCUGCUGGUAUGUGAGAAAUCCAACUUCAAGCAGGAGAAGUCUCGGCACUCCGCCAAAGUGGAAACCCAUUACUUUAACUGCUUGGUGUCUAUUUUGUUGCCGGAGUGUGGACCUUUGCCAGAAAAACUUAAAAACACAAUUGAAAACCUUGGGAAAUAUUACGUAGUAAGGAAUCUGUCUGUGCAUGAAUUUGUAACACUGGAGUUUCGAAAUGCCUUUAUAAAGAAAGGUUCAUUUUAUGCCCUUUCGUAUCAAACCAGGAUUGACCAGGAUAAUACUGCAGCUGUCCUACCUUCAGGAAAACUACUUCUUUCUUUAGACAAGGAUACUUAUGAGGAGUUGGGUCUUCAAGGGAAACCCUCGCUAUAUUCUGGUAAAAAUGCCAUGCGCUACACUGUUACCAUUGAGCUAACAGAUGAAGCUCUUGCUGCUGAUGGGAAGAAAUUCCAACGUGUCAAUUGGUGUCUCACUCAGAAGAAACCAUUAGUUUUUGACUUCCUUCUGGCCUGGGACGGUGCAGAAUCAUCAUCCGUUAUGUCUUAUUUUUCUAACUACAAAUUGAAGGAAUGUCCUUUCACAAUAUAUUCUUCAAUUUUGCGGGACUUGCAUUGUCCUGUUGUAAAGAGCGGGCGAUUACAUGGAAAAGCUGAAGAAUCCUGUAGUUCUGAAAGGGUCUUUGAAUGGUUUGGUGCAGUCAGUAAUAACAUUGAUUGCAACAAUCAGCCGUCUAGCUUCAUCUCAACCUAUUGCAGUCCUUUCCCGAGCACUGUUGUUGAACAAGCUAAUUUGUGUACAAUAACUGGGUUUAUAACACCAGAGAAAAUACAGAAAUUGCUUCAGCAGUUAAGAGAAUAUUUUGCUGAACCGAAGCUUACAUCAUGGGUAUCUCUAAUGGUGCAUGGGUUUGCAGACAGCCCCGUUUCAUGGGGAGAAAAUGAACAUGGAUUUUGUAGGGGUGGGGAAAAUUUGUAUAGUUUUGUUGUCUUUAACAAUGAGGACUACUGGGUACAAAUGGCGGUUGGAACACAUGAUGGCUGCCCUCCCUGAGAUCUAACCUGUGUGAAUGUGUAUAUAUAACUUUUAAUUUUCUUUUUUUAAAUAUUUGCUUGCAUUAUUUAAAGCACAUAUUUAUUUUUCUAUUAUUACAUUUUAUUGCUGUGUGUUU